GGCGGAGCGGGGGGCGGUGCCGGCGACCGGGCCCGGGAAGCAGCUCCCGGCUUCCUGCGCCGGCGGGGCGGCAGCGAUGCCCGCGGAGCCCCUGAUCUGCGCCGACACGGCCACACGGGUGAGCUCUGUGCUUAACCGGGAUGUGAAGCAGUUUGGGAAGAAGCAUAUGUUUGAUGCGAGCGAGGAGACGUGCUGGAACUCGGACCAGGGCACGUGCCAGUGGGUCACCCUGGAUUUCCCCCGCACUGUCAAGGUCUCGCAGUUUCACAUCCAGUUCCAGGGGGGAUUCUCCAGCCGGCUGUGCACGCUGGAAGGCUGCAGAGCAGGGGAAGAACUGGUGAAAAUAUCCGACCUGUACCCCAAGGACACCAACGCCAUGCAGAGAUUCCAGGUGGAGGAGACGGUGCUGGAUAAGCUGAAGAUCACCUUUGAGAACAGCACCGACUUCUUCGGGAGGAUCGUGGUGUACCACCUCGGGGUGCUGGGGGAGAAGCUGUAGGGCAGCAGUGAGGGACAGCAUGGAGGGCUGCUCCCCCCAUCGCCUGCGCUCCCCUGUGCAGGCUCUGCUGUAUAGGGGCAGACAGGAAAGUGAACCCCGAAAGCCCCCAGCUGCCCCCCAAAGCACCGAGAGGGAACCCUCGGGGUAGCAGUGAUGGAGCAACGCUGGAGAUCCGCAUACUGGACCUUGGUGGGACACAGCCCGUGUAACCAGUUGAAUAAACGGUGUCCCCGCUC